GCACGGGUUGGAAAUCAAGACUGGUAAAAUGGUUGUACAGUGUUUGAGUUGCUUGUUCACUGGAACAUAUUUUUUUUACAGCUAUCAGGAGAUGGAGGGAAAUCCCACAGACACAACGAGAAAUGCUGGCGUACCUAAGAAGGUAUAGAAUCUGUAAUGAAAUCACAGAGCUCCGUUUUCUCCUGUAUGGACCAGUGGGGGCAGGAAAGUCCAGCACCAUUAACACCAUCAAAAGUAUUUUUGAAGAACGGCCAUUUGUUACUUGCCUAGUCUCUACAGAGACAAACACCAGUCACACUAUAGACUACCAGAAAUUCACCAUUGGGAGUGAGAAAUCUGGACAUGCACCUAUUGCCCUCUACGAUGUGAUGGGUCUAGAAGAGGGAGAAUUACAAGGGGUACACACUGAUGACAUCAUCAAAGCUCUAAAAGGCAACAUACGAAACGGCUACAAAUUCCAGCGCACUCCGAUUUCUGAAGACAGUGACCAUUACAUCAAAGAUCCAACGCUGAAUGAUAAGAUUCACUGUCUGGUCAGCAUUCUUCCAGCAGAUAAGAUAACCAUAAUGAGCGAUGGUGUCAUUGACAAAAUGAGGAUCAUCAGAAGAGCAGCAAGUUCAUUAGGAAUCCCUCAGAUGGUUUUGCUGACCCGAGUGGACAAGGCAUGCGAAAUUGUAAAGGAAAGUUUAAACAAGAUCUACCAAAGCAGGAAGAUCAAGGAAAAAAUGCAGGUGUGCAGUCACAGACUGGGAGUUCCUAUGAACUGCAUCUUCCCUGUGCAGAACUACUACGAGGAGACUCAGCUGAGGCCGGACAUAAACCGCCUGAUGCUGGACACUCUAAUACAGAUUGUUCAUUCGGCUAGCGACUUCGUAGAGAGGCAAAUUGAAAUUACUGGCAAACGGCAACUUGUAGAAUGAUUAUUCUGAGUUCAGACCUCUGUACUUAGCAUGAACUCAUGAGACUAAGCAGUGUUUACAAACAAAGGCAGAUAUUUCCACUGUGCAGAUCUCAGAGGCUGGCAGCAUGUGCUGGAUCUUCACACUGAAACUGCCUGUAGAUCUUUUCUCACAUACAGUCCUGAGUAAAAGCUUUUAGAAAGCUGAGGAAUUUACAUUUACAAAGCUGUUUAUUUGGGCAGUCAGUGUUUAUUUUCCCCACAAACACACUAAGAUUAGUACUGAUAUAAAUGAUGGUAACACCUUACAUUAAGAGGAAAAAUAAAGAUUCAUUACAUUGUUAGUAAGUCAUUAACUACUCAUUAUGUAAAUAGUUACUGAUCUUUAAGCAUAGGUUAUUACUUAAUAACUGAUUAUGUACUUAGUAGUUAUUAAUUGGCUACUCUGAAAUGAUGGUUUAUUUUGUUAUUAGUUCACAGCCUAAUUUCUCAUUACAUUGCCGUUCUAAUGCUA